UCUAAUUAUACAGCAUCCCCACAGAUGUUACACAAAUACUGCUAGUACGUAACAGGUGCUAAUAAAAAAAAGUCGUGUCAUACCCUUACGCUAGCGUCCUUGUUACCUUACUCGAGCAAAAGCAGUCAUGCAACGAAUUCUGCCCGUGAUGACAAAGAUGGAUCUCAGCACACUGUCGCAGAAAUUUCGCGGUUGUAUGCUAGGUAGUCUUCUUGGAGACUGUCUGGGUGCUCCAUAUGAGGGAGAUAGCAGUGUUUCGAAAGCGGUUCUUCAACAAUAUUUUGACAAAAUUGAAGGCCCGCCUUUCAAAGCUCCAAUAAAACAAUAUACAGAUGACACUGCAAUGACGAAGUGCGUGGCGGAAUCGCUGAUAGACUGCCGUGGCUUUGAGCCCCAAGAUAUGGCGAAGAAAUUCGUAAAGGAAUUCUUUGCUAGUCCACGUCGUGGUUAUGGUCAAAAUGUUGUCAGAGUUUUUAUGAAACUUAAGGAUCAAAAGUGUGAAGAUCCAUUUGGGCCAGCGAAGGAACAGUUUGAUGGAGCAGGAUCAUUGGGCAAUGGUGGGGCAAUGAGAGUUGCUCCAGUAGCUUUGUUCUACCAUCAAGACUACCCAGCCCUAAUUGAGAAGGCCAGGAAGUCUGCUCUGUUGACACAUACAAAUAAAUUAGGAAGGGAUGGUGCAAUUCUUCAGGCUAUUGCAGUUUAUCAAGGAUUACAGAGCAUCCCGUCGGAAGGCCUAGAUGCUACAACCUUCAUUAAGGAGCUAAUGAAUAAAAUGCAUGAAAUUGAGGAUGACGACUAUGGAGUGGAGAUGGAAGAAUGUCGACCUUACCAGAAGCAGCUGAGUGUAGCACUGGACCUGCUAGAUGCUGAUGGGAGCCCUGAUGAUAUCAACACCAAAGUCUGUGACUUACUGGGGACAAACAUUGCUGCCCUCUAUUCUGUUCCAACUGCCGUGUUUUGCUUUCUGCGUGCUCUACGACCUAUCCCUGAUAUUGAGACUGAGAACCCCUUCCGCCGCACGCUCCAGUAUGCCAUAUCUCUGGGUGGUGACACAGACACUAUUGCCAGCAUGGCGGGAGCCAUUGCAGGGGCAUACUAUGGCCAAUCUGCAAUUUCGGAAUCCCUCCAGAGGCACUGUGAAGGUCACGCUGAGGUCAUGGAUCUCGCAGACCGUCUCAUGGCUGCCUGUAAUAAACCAUGAAAUGCUUUUAUGUCAUUACUGAAAAUGUAUUCUUAUUUGCUUUUAUAUUAAUUUUGUAGAUAUUAAAACAUCAUUUUCUGUAGCAAGUUAA